AUGUCAGGAGUUUCCAAGGAGGGUCCCAGUCCCCUGCGUCUGCCAGCGUUGGGCAGGAUCUGCUUAGCCACCAUGGACAAAAAGCUUAACAUACUGACUGAGAAGGUGGACAGACUCUUGCAUUUCCAACAAGAUGUCAUGGAGAAGCUGCAGUGUGUGUGCCAAGGUAUGGGCCACCUGGAGCGAGGCCUGCACCGGCUGGAGGCCUCCCGAGAAUUGGGCCUGGCAGAAGCUGACGGCUCACCCCCAGCCGCUGCUCAGUCCAGGUGGCCCGAGCUCCUGGAGCUGGUGAGGGCUGUGCAGCAGGAUGGUGCCCGGCAUGGUGCCAGGCUUGAAGCCCUCUUCAAGAUGGUGGUGGCUGUGGACAGGGCCGUUACUUUGGUGGGGGCCACGUUCCAGAACUCCAAGGUGGUCGAUUUCAUCAUGCAAGAUAGUAAUGUCCCCUGGAGGAAGGGCAGCCCGGCUGAUGGCUCCCAAGAGAGCAAAGAGCAAGCGGAAGAGAAGGAGGCAAAACCAAAGCAUGCGCUGAGUACCAGAGGUGUGCAAGCCGACAGCAAGGGGCUGUGGGAAGAGAGCCAGAGGGGGGACCCUCCAGCCGGGAUAGUGGGGCGACUGCCUCUCAUCAGCACUUCGGGGAUGGGAGCCGGCCUCACUCUGGCAGGCACCUCACUGGGGCAGGAAGCUGGAGUUCUUGGCCCAGAUGACGUACCCCCGGGCCACCUACUGCCACCCACAGAAACUGAAACCAGAGCUCCUGAGACAUCCAGUGAGAACCCUAGGACUAACCCGGAAUUGUCUACAGAACCCGACAAGGUCAGUGAGGCCCUCACCAACCAGCAGGUGGCACUCAAUGCAGGACAAGAAACAUCAUCCAGCAAGCCUGUCCCUUGGCUCUCAGAAGAGGGCAUGAGGCUGAGUUCAGCAGCCAGCCCUGAGCCCCCAGGGUCAGUAACUCCAGCCACGGCAGCUCACGGUGCUAGAGAAGAACUUCCGAGGAUUGCCCUCCAUGCGCAAGAGAUGGAAUGUCCUGGAAAGCUGCUUAUGACCCAAGAGGACAGCCUCAGACCCACUGCACCUGUGGAAGCUCCAGCAGCUGCCCAGCCGGAUGAGCAGGACACGUGCGGGUCCAGGUGCUGUCCUGAAACUCCUGGAACUGAGUUGGGGGGACAGACCUCUGAAGGAGUCAGACCAUUCCCCCCACUGCUGAAGAGGAGCAGCCAUGGGGGCGCAAGUGCAGAGGAGGAGCCAGGGCCUGAGGCCAAGCCUGACACGGGACCAAGCUCGGCCACAAGGGCUGAGGAAGAUGAGUCUUCUGGGACCACAGGCCUGCAGCAAGACACAGGCCCAGGAGCAGGGCACCCUGAACCAGGGGAGGACUGUGCAGCCAAUGGCUCUGGGAGAACUGAAGUAGGAGGGACCCUGGGUGCUGAGGCUUGCAGAGUGGUUCUGGAUGAUAGCACGGCCCCCCCAGCUCCUUUUGAACACCGGGUGGUGAGUGUCAAGGACACCCUGAUCUCAGCUGGUUACACAGUGUCCCAGCAUGAAGUCCUGGGAGGGGGCAGGUUUGGCCAGGUCCACAGGUGCAUAGAGAGAUCUACAAGCCUCAUAUUGGCAGCCAAGAUCAUCAAAGUGAAGAGCUCCAAGGACCGGGAGGAUGUGAAGAACGAGAUCAACAUCAUGAACCAGCUCAGCCACGUGAACUUGAUCCAGCUCUAUGAUGCCUUUGAGAGCAAGAAUAGCUUCACCCUCAUCAUGGAGUACGUGGAUGGGGGGGAACUCUUCGACCGGAUCACCGAUGAGAAGUACCACCUGACGGAACUGGAUGUCAUCUUGUUCACCAGGCAGAUCUGUGAGGGCGUGCAUUACCUCCACCAGCACUACAUCCUGCACCUGGACCUCAAGCCAGAAAACAUACUAUGUGUCAACCAGACAGGACACCAAAUUAAGAUCAUUGACUUUGGGCUGGCUAGAAGGUAUAAGCCUCGGGAGAAGCUGAAGGUGAACUUUGGUACUCCGGAGUUCCUGGCCCCGGAAGUUGUCAACUAUGAGUUUGUCUCAUUCCCCACCGACAUGUGGAGUGUGGGAGUCAUCACCUACAUGCUACUCAGUGGUUUGUCCCCAUUUCUAGGGGAAACUGAUGCAGAGACCAUGAAUUUUAUUGUGAACUGUGUCUGGGAUUUUGACGCUGACACCUUUGAGGGGCUGUCAGAGGAAGCCAAGGACUUUGUUUCCCGGUUGCUGGUCAAAGAGAAGAGCUGCAGGAUGAGCGCCACGCAGUGCCUGAAACAUGAGUGGUUGAAUGACCUGCCUGCUAAGGCCUCGAAAUCCAAAGUCUCCCUCAGAUCUCAGCUACUGCUGCAGAAAUACAUGGCCCAGAGAAAAUGGAAGAAACAUUUCUACGUGGUGACUGCGGCCAACAGGUUAAGGAAAUUUCCAGCUUGCCCCUAACGUUCAAUUCUGCUGUUCCAAAUGGCCCAGAAAUUAUUGAGACAAUAUGAAGAGAUGA